GGGGCACGAGAGCACUUAAGGAUAAUGUACUGAUAGUGAAGAAAACUGUUUAACUCCAAAAGUUCCAGUUACUUAAAUUACGCAGACCAGUAAUGAAGUAAAGAAUCUGGUCAAGUUCAAGGGAGUUCAGAAUGGCAUUUGACGGACAUCAGAGCACAUUUGCAAAUUCACUCUUUCCCACAUACCAGCGUCAGGCCAGUGUAAAUGUAGAUGGUGGAAACAAUGGUAGCGUGCCAUUGCCCUUUGUUUCUGUCCCCAGUGUCUCACUGCAGGAACAGGACACAGCAUCCUAUGUGCCCUGGUCUUACAAUCCUCAUGAUGAUCCAUUUGGUCUUAUCAAUUGUGCCCAGAGCAGCAUUAAAAGCAGAAAACCCACUGAUAAUCCUGAUUGUGACGGGGAGACUGAUCUACAGGGUCUAGUGUCAAAUAUUUUGGAUGAAGCAGAUUCACAAGACAGCUACUACAGUGAACGGAGCCUACCUACAUGUAAUCCCGUCUGGUCUCCAAAGACAUUGAGAGAAGAACUGAUACAGUAUUUUCAAUCAGAGGCUAAAACGCAACAUAACCCGACAUUUCCUCCAAACUAUGUAUCCUGUGAGGCUUUAAGUAAAGUGCAGGGACUGUCAGUGGACAAAGAUGUUGAAGAGUGUAGUCAACAGUCCAAUGGCCUUGCUACCAAUCAACAAUGGCUUUUUAAUUUGCCUAACAGAGACAGGGACAGCUACACCCUCCGUCCUCAGAAACUGCCACCAGGUCUACCAAUGCCCAAUAUAGGAAACACCUACCUGUCACAGAUACAACAAAGCAAAUAUGACAACAUGUCAGCUGAUAGAGACAGAGGGAAUAGUCAGCCUGUGAAUAAUUUCCCUGACCUCAGUGAUGUCUUUAGACCUCAAAUUGAAAUGAACAGCCCAUGCUUUCAUCCUUAUUAUGAAGACCACUACAUCCAAAGCAGUACAAAGCCCAUCAGUAAUGAGCAGUAUGUGCCACAGGACAUUAACCAAUUGGUCAGCAGUUUUCAGUCAUUCAUGGCUGGUGAGCAUGAUAGCUUAUGUCGUGGAGACUUUCCAAACAUGCACAGGCAGACAGUGGGCAUGCACCAUGAAGACAGCAUGGUUGAACAAUGGAAAAUCACCAGUCCUGCAAUGUCAACACAAAGUAGUCCUGCAAUGUGGACCCAAAAACAGCUGGUGGGAGAAUUUGGGACUGUGCAGAUGGAAAGAAAUGGAGGAGUGAGGAAACAGACAUUUAAGCGUGAUGCCUUUCAAGAUCAACCUGGUUUCAGCCCUCAAAACACAGAGUACUUAAAGCAACCAAAGCCAUUUUCUGCAUCUUUAAAGCUCCCAAACCAAUACCAAAGCAAGAUGACCAUGCACAGAGAGAACACUUCACUUCCCAUUAACAUGAGCAUGAACCAGUAUUCAAAGCAUCAUAUCCAGCAGGGCCAGAUACAGAGCAAGAUCAAGUCUCAGAUGCAGAAGGAAAAGAUGAGGAUGCAUAUGUCUGGCUGUCUGGGAGAAGGAUUCUCUACAAGACCCCUGACCAACACUAACAUGAGAGUGGGAGAUAAGAAACAGGUCCUCUCACAAAACCCGUACUUUGACCACCUGGGGAGCAUGCGGUCUCAGAGAUUUGAUGGAGAAACCACCAUGGUCAGUGCAGGGAUUACACAGCAGCUCAUGCCUCUUUUGUAUCCUGUAAAUGACCACAGAAGGCACUCCAGUGUGCCCAUCAACUCCUCUAACUUCAGCUCUAGAUCCACACUGCCCUAUGGAAGCGGUGUUCCUGGCAUGGAUGUGGGUGAUGUGAUGUCAGCCAAUGAGUGUGCAGCUUUCAGUGACAUGAUGACCCGCAGAGGAGAGAACACUUAUCAUGGCAUGUCCUCAGCCAUGACAAGUUCAAUGGGGAUGAAUCAAGGAGGACCUGUGAUCCAGCUUUACUUCUACCUGGACGAGUGUUAUGAGCAGUGGAGGUGUUUGGAGAAGGAGAGAAAGAGGACAGAGGUCAUCCUUACCAAGACAUUUGUUGGAAAAAGGACUACAGCAGUGACCAACACUGACCUACCCAAAACUCCACCAAACCCCACAAGAGUCGACCACCUCAUAGUUAAUCAGAUGAGAGAACAAGCAAGGGUGGCGAGCCUUCUGGAUAGAAUGGAGUGUCUGUACAACAUUUCCCUCGAUACCAACAUCCACACAGCACUGAACAGGCAUCAUAUGGCUAUUUGCAUCACUCAGGCAAGACGCAAGGAGGAGAUUGCCAGCAUGUCCGAACACCAGCGGCAGAGAGCUCACUUCACAGAGGACAGAGACACCCUGUUGUUGGCCAUUGCACUGAAGGACCUAGCUGCAACCACAAGGAAGCUCCGCACAGCCCUGUGGUGUGCCCUCCAGAUGACACUACCGAAACCUAUCAAUAAGCGGGACCACCAUGUUAACAGGGAGGCUACACACAGAGAGGGGUGCUCCUCUCCAUUUGAGGGAUACUCCUUUAAGUUAUGAUUUAGUAGGCGACAACUAUGAGUUAAAGGUCUUGAUUAAAUUAAAACCACUCCAGAAUACCCUGAUUAUAAAUUCCCCAUAGGCAAUAGGGUGAUGUAAAAACCAAAAGUUACCUGCAAGUCUAUAGUGACAUUUUACCUGCAACACAGUGAUCACUGCAGAAUAUGAGAUGAGCAACUUGAAGCUUGAUGAUGGCUGCACUUUUUGGCACCCAGGAGUUUCAGGUGGCUAAUUCUUGUUGUGUAGGAAUUGCAUGAAAUGUAAUUUAUCCUGCUGCAUCUUAACUUCAUUUAAUUAGUGUCAGUUCCAAAUUAACGUGAAUCUUGCUCCAUCACCGUUGUAUUUAAAGGCACUAUUUAUGUAGAAGAUUUCAUUGAAUUCUUCGUUGUUUUACUUAUUUAUUGGAAUGUAAUGGAACCUCAGUUCUGGGUAUUCCCAAGCAGUAAUUGAAUCAUAAGGGCAGUAGUUUAAAAUGAACAUGCUAAAUAUUGAUUAAUUUCUGCAGCUUCAGUUUAUGUAACCUUAACAUAUUGUAAUCAGAAAAAAAAAGAUUUAUCUGUCUACAAUUUGGUGAAGUUUGAACUGUCCCAAAGAUACUCAAACUUCUGAAAAAAGUUCAAUGUUUUAAAUUUAAAUGUAUCAAUCACAUUUUCCAACAUAUUAUUAAUAAAUAUCAUUCCUAUCAGUGAAAUGUAACAUGACUUAAGUUAAAAAAAGAAUUCUCUGGAUGCAGUUUAAUCUUUGACAACUUGCUCUAUAUCAGUAGUUUAAUACGCACAUGCUAAAUUAUAAAAUGUUUUCUGAAACGUUCCAAUUAUUUUCUCAAACUUUACAAGUUCAGCAUUUUAGAAUUUAAAUGUAUUAAUCACACUUUCCAUCAGAUUAUUCUGAUAUAGUAUUAUCAAAAAUUAUUCUUAUCAGUGUGACAGUUUGUCAGCUAGGGACCAAAGCUUGUAUCCAUGUAUCCAUUACAAAGCUAAGUUGAGCAACAAUUCUCUAGAAGCAUUAGCCUGUAGACGUAUUGUGUAUCAUCACUCCCCUGACUAUGCUUUGUGAAUAUGAGUUCCAUUCCCUGUUAUUUUAAUGUUCAUGUUGUUUUUCUUCUUGUUACUUGUUCUAUAAAUGGAAAAUUUAAAAAUAAAAUGUCUGAAAAUGUUUUUUUAUUAAUUUAAAAAAGAUGAUGAACCUCAUUAUUAACAUUCAAGUUAUGGUACAUGAUAUAUUUGAAGUAUAAUUUAGCAACCUCUCUUUUGUAAUUAUUCUCAGACAAAAUGCAUAGACAGUCAAA